AUGUCAGACCAUAUACCCUUCGAAAUCCAGUCGGAAAUCAUGAACUGGCUUCCUGUGCAAUCGUUGCUUCGGUUCCGAUUGGUCUGCAAAUCAUGGAGGUCUUUGAUCGAGAGCUCUGAUUUCGUUGCACAUUAUAGCAGCCAACAGCAACAUCUGCUUGUAAGGUCUAAAAGUUUAGAUGAUUUUAAGGAAGAAUAUGUUUCAUUUGUUGAUGAUGAUAGCUUCCCCCAACACAAAGUUUGUGCGACUGUUCCCCCAUUGCUUAACUACCUUGAAUAUCCUGUCUUAGUCGGCAGCUCUCACGGCUUGCUGUGUUUCCAACGUAAUUAUCCGCCCAGAGACAUGGCUGUUAUUUGGAAUCCUAGUAUUAGAAAAGCAGUUGCUGUCGUUGUGCCUCACGUGACAUUUGGGGACCCAUAUCGAACUGCUCUAGGGUUUGGGGUUUGCCGUGAGACUAUGGACCCUAAGAUUGUCACAAUCACACGUUCUGAAAGUUUAAACCCUUGGCAAGUUGAGGUCUUUACAUUAACCACAAUGACUUGGAGAAGUCCACAUAGCACCAUUAAUCUCCUGAGUAAAUCAAUAUCUUUUUUGAAGAAACCGGUAGUUGUAGAUGGGUGUCUUUAUUGGCUUGCUCGUCAUAGUAUUGCCGUGGAAGACGGUACAUUUAAGGCUUAUGGUUUGAUUGUCUCAUUUGAUAUGACAAGUGAAGAGUUUGGAGAAGUAAACCUUCCGGAUAGAUUAGCCCAUGAUUAUCAUAGUUAUCAUAGUUUGUCCAUGUAUAAGCUAAAGGAGUCCCUUGUUGUGAUUGAACCAGAUUUAGAGGCCAGUAAGCUAGUUUACCAUGUAUGGACGAUGGAGGAUGGUGUUCCAAAAACGUUUCAAAAGCUCUUCACUAUUAGUUGUCACUCACCAGAUGUAUCAUCAUUUGGUGUAAGGGGAUUUAGGAAGACAUGUGAACCUUUAAUUGAAUUACAAGGUCAUCCUGGUGACAACGCUAGAAUACUUGUUGCUUAUGAACCAUACUCUAAAUCCAUUAGUAACCUUGGGAUUAAUGGAAGAAAAGGUUUAUAUUAUUAUGUGUAUUCCUACAUGGAAACACUACUUCUUCUAUAA